AUGUCCCAAGCGCCACUCACACCGACUGAGAAGGCUGCAGUAAUGCAAGCAGCUAAGUUGAAAAGCAAGAAUCAACUCACGACUUCAGCGCCCAAGAGUGAUGCGCUGAAAAAUCAAGUUUGGAUGUCAGAGAAGAAUCCAUGCAAGCGUGCAGCAUCUAACAUUGCUGAGCCCGACGUACCCAAGCAGGCACAAAUUCGAAACAAAUCGCCUCCUCCAGUCAAUUGGAGACUGGAACAGGAGAGCGGUGCUCCAUGGAGCGCAGCACAGCUUUUUGACUCUGACUCCAAUGGAAAUGAGUCAGACAACAAACUUGAGGAAUCGGAUGAAGAUAUUCAGGGACUUGAUUCGAAGAAGCUCAAGGCUACCCUUGACUAUGAGCGGCCUCUAUUUGCGCCACACGACAAAACCAACGGUGGCACUAUUAGUGUUAACUCCCAUUCUUGGGCGAAUAGUUCUACCUCAUCGAUGAGGUCAAUUGCAAAUACACCAUCAGAUUCUGAUAACAAUGGCCUCGGCGAGGAUAAGGGUCUGACCAGCAAGAACUUAUCUGGGCCUCGCUACCGUCCUUUGAAGCAGAAAGUCACAAAACCAACUUGGUGCACACCUGAGGUUGACCAUACCAUCAGUGAUGGACCACCUGCGGAUGAACAACUUGAAGUGACCGUGAAUGAUUCAGGCAAGGUCAAUCUAACAGAUCAGCAAGCUCACAUUCAAGACAUGAUCCGCGCAUCAAUUACUUGCCUUCACAAACAUCUCUUGUUCAAAAAUGCAUACCCGGAACUACAGCAACGGAGAAAGCUGAUGGCUGACAUCCUUAUGUCGUGUACCAAGGAUGGUGAGGAGUUUGAUGCAGUGAGAAAACGCCUUGCAAAGGACCCUAAGUAUCCCAAAGGUCGGAUUGGGAGCAUCCACAGGAACGUUCGAAAGGCAGCACAAGCGCAUGUGGCCAGCCACUAUCAGCUAAUGAAAGGUGCCGAUGAGAGGGUUGCAGAGCUUCUUAAAAACAAUGCUUACAUCUAUCCUGUCAAUACAAAGGAUCAUCAUGACGAGGUGGAGUUACCCGUUGCAAUGGUGGCUCUUGCUAGCGCCGCGGUGUGUUUCAAUGUUUGUGGCUUUGUGAUAGAUAUUGAUGGAUCUAUCAUGCUAUUAAAGUAUUCCUCCGAGAAAUACGACCGCAACUUCAACUCGGAGAUGUAUGGUGGAAUUUACCAAACACUGGUCCAGGCAAUAGUGUCAUAUUUAAGCAUCAAGUUCCUUGACAUCUGUAGCUUGAUGCUUCAUGAAGCAUCAAGCCUUGUGUCUCUGCGCUGA